CUUUUAUAAGAUGAUAAGGAUAAUAAAUAAUUUGUAAUGGCUGGUGUAUUUUGUUUUUUACACUAAAAAUUUUAAAACCGCUGCGUUAGAGCUGUUAUUAUGUUUCGCCGUUUGUAGUGGGGAGCAUAAGGCUGUCUUCGCCGGAACCGGACGACAGCGAAUCCAGACUUGGGAGCAGAAACAAUGAAUCAAAUCUUCUUCGGGAACUAAAUUUUCUCGAUCUCGUUCAGUUUUACUAUAGUAAUUUCGAGAAAGCAGAGAAGGAAACAGAGAGCAGGAUCACGAUGAGCGUGAUCGACAUUCUAACCAGAGUCGACUCGAUCUGCAAGAAGUACGACAAGUACGACGUAGACAAGCAGAAGGAUCUUAACGUCACCGGCGACGAUGCCUUCGCUCGCCUCUAUGGUGUCGUAGAAGCCGACAUUGAUGCCGCUCUCCAGAAAGCGGAGACCGCAUCGAAGGAGAAGAACAGGGCCUCUGCAGUCGCUAUAAACGCUGAGAUUCGCCGCACCAAGGCUCGUUUGCUGGAGGAAAUCCCCAAGUUGCAGAGAUUAGCUCAAAAGAAGGUUAAAGGGCUUUCUAUUGAAGAACUUGCUGCUCGUAAUGAUCUGGUUCUUGCAUUACCAGAUAGGAUUCAAGCUAUACCUGAUGGCACUGCAGCUGCACCAAAACAAACUGGUGGUUGGGCAGCUUCAGCUUCUCGUACUGAAAUAAAAUUCGAUUCAGAUGGACGGUUUGACAGUGAAUACUUUCAACAGACUGAAGAAUCAAGUCAAUUUAGGCAAGAAUAUGAAAUGCGGAAAAUGAAGCAAGACCAAGGUCUUGAUAUUAUAGCGGAAGGCUUGGAUACCUUGAAGGACAUGGCCCAUGAUAUGAAUGAGGAAUUGGAUAGGCAAGUUCCUUUGAUGGAUGAGAUUGACUCCAAGGUGGACAAGGCAACGUCUGACCUCAAGAAUACCAAUGUUAGACUUAAGGACACUGUAAACCAGCUGAGGUCAAGCCGGAAUUUCUGUAUUGAUAUUAUUCUAUUGUGUAUAAUUUUGGGAAUUGCUGCAUAUUUAUACAACGUAUUGAAGAAGUGAAAUGGCACAAAGCGCUACCUGAACUGUUGGCAUGAUAUUGGCUUUUGUCUGGUAUUGUAGUUUGUGCACUUUCUAUGAUACUUGAUCUCGGAUUUGAUUUGUAUUUUCCUGUUUGAAAAUGCCGCUUCUUGCACUUGGAAAAUGUACUUGUCUUUCAGAGUCGUGUCAGGCGCGUGUAUUAUUGUUUUAUAGUGUGAUUCCCUUUGCCUUGAUGAGUAAGACAUUAGCAAUGCUAGCCAUGAUUUAUUAUGCAUUCUUUCAAACACUAAAA